AUGGAUUGGUUUCCGCUGGGUGGAUGCACAGGCUUGUGCCAGCGGAAGCGUAUGAAGGCGCAGACCAACAACGAGUGUGGGCAGCCAUGCACUGGAUCACUUCUGCAAACAAUUAGCAGGAGAGAGUGCUAUCCCAACUACGAUGACUGCGUGCUGGAGAAUCGCGACUGCCAGUGGACCGUGAAGGCCUUAAGCUUCAGAGGCCUGGAGUUCCUGGUCAAGCUCCUGCUUCAGCGUGCAUGGCGCAUCGUCCGGCACCUGGACAUGGCACCGAUCUUGCCUCGUUUGAGCCGGGCCUAUCACUCCGGAGCCUGGGCGUUCCAGGAGUAUCGAAGCUGCGUGCUCAGCGUUUGCAAACCUAGCGGACCUAUCCAGAAAUCGCUGCAGUCUGAGAUCUCGUUGCGAUUAGGCAACCAGAUCCUGCGGGAGACUCGUGGCUGCCCGAUGAACGAUCAGGAGCCGCAGGAAUGCAUUCUGGCGGGUUGGUCGGAAUGGUCGCCAUGCAGUGCUAGUUGUGCUGGUCAAUCCCAAAGGACACGCCAGCUGCCCUCUGACCAGACGAGUUGCUUUAUGGCAGUUCCGGAAGGCCAGACAGUUCACGAAGUGCGCGCCUGUGGAGUCCAACAAUGUGAGCAGGAAACCUGCACACUCUCCUCCUGGACCACGUGGUCGCAGUGUAGCCAGCCGUGUGGUGAUGGGAUCCAUUCUCGAAGCCGCGAGGUCGUCUCGACGUCAUACCACUCGGUCUGCAGUGAAGCGCUGGAGGAGGUGAGGCCUUGCCACAUCCGAGAGUGCAUUGCGGUGGACUGUGUUUGGGCCGACUGGGAUCACUGGAGUGCCUGCAGCUGUACCUGCGGGGGCGGUACGAAGCGACGGAAUCGAGUCAUUCAGCAAUCGCCACGACAUGGGGGUAAGCUCUGCGAGCCCAAGGACAAGGGUGAGAUCGCGCCGUGCGCAACGCAAACCUGCGACAUUUGCGUGGACGGCAGGUCGGGCCAAGGGUGGCGCGGUUGCCACAAGCGCGUUUGUUUGUCAGUGCCGAAGCGAUUCUUUCUUCUCAGCAGCAGGAGAAGCGAACACGGGCAGUACUCAGUACUAGCAGCAGCCAGCUUCCGCUUAAGAGGAACAUCUUUACCGUCUUAG